AAUUGAACGCUUGACCUGCGGGACACCUGCUCAAACAGACGGGUGCCUAUAUAACGCUGGGGUCCUCUUCAUUUGUCACCGGACUUCGCAAUGGCUCGUUACGAGACACUCAUUUUGAUUGCAACUAUCGGCGCCGUGGCGCUCGCUCUACCCGCACAGAGGGACUAUGGGGUAAGGACAGUACAUGGGCAACCAGUGUUGCCACCACAAAAACCACCAGUGUUCCCACCUCAUGGACCACCAGGCUUGCCACCAUUUGGACCACCAUUCUUCCCACCACCAUUUGGACCACCAGUAUUGCCACCAAAUAAACCACCAGUAUUGCCACCAAAUAAACCACCAGCGUUGCCACCACAUGGACCACCAAGCUUGCCACCAUUUGGACCACCAUUCUUCCCACCACCACCUGGACCACCAGUAUUGCCACCACAAAAACCACCAGUGUGGCCACCACAUGGACCACCAAGCUUACCACCAUUUGUACCACCAAGCUUACCACCAUUUGUACCACCGUUUAUCCCACCACCAUUUUUACCACCAUUUUGGCCAUUCCCUCCAAUACCUCCAUGUCCGCCCACCGAGAAACCAACAGAGAAACCCACCGAGAAACCCACAGAGAAACCCACAGAAAAACCAACUGAGAAACCAACGGAGAAACCCACAGAAAAACCAACUGAGAAACCAACGGAAAAACCGACCCAUAAACCAUCAGAGAAACCCACAGAGAAGCCAACGGAGAAACCCACAGAGAAACCAACAGAGAAGCCCUCCGAGAAACCAACUGAGAAACCCAGCGAGAAACCAACCGAGAAACCAACUGAGAAACCCAGCGAGAAACCAACAGAGAAACCCACCGAGAAACCUUCAGAGAAACCCACCGAGAAACCUUCAGAGAAACCCAGCGAGAAACCAACAGAAAAGCCCACCGAGAAACCAACUGAGAAACCAACCGAGAAACCCUCAGAGAAACCCACCGAGAAACCUUCAGAGAAACCCACCGAGAAACCUUCAGAGAAACCCAGCGAGAAACCAACAGAAAAGCCCACCGAGAAACCAACUGAGAAACCAACCGAGAAACCCUCAGAGAAACCCACCGAGAAACCUUCAGAGAAACCCAGCGAGAAACCAACUGAAAAACCCAUCGAGGAACCCAGCGAGAAACCUGGCGAGCAUCCUGGCGAGAAUCCCGGCGAGCAUCCCGGCGACGGCGAGAAACCUUACGAAUAACCCACCACUAAUUAACAAGCACUGACAUCCCUCCGGAAGUCCAAUAGACUGGAGACCAUAUGCUGCAACCCUUGCAGAUUCUGUUGUUUUUGUCCGGCGCUGUACGUCAACUUUAAAAUUGUCUGUUACAUUUUAAGAAUGGAAAUAUAUGUUGCAUACUAGA